AUGUCAUUUAAUGUCAAAGAUGGGCGUGUCUCGGACUCACGCUCGUUAACUCCAAUUCGCAAUAUAGCACCAGUCAAAGAAAAGGACCUACCAGAUCCAAACAGGGCGAAUCCACGCCUGCUUAUCAACCGUUCUCUCAUAUAUGAGCGCCGACUGCCCGGCGAUGCUUAUAUCACCGCUCACGUACAACGCCUUCAGCAUGGCUAUUACUCCAACCAUGCUGUCUCAGACAAGGACGCUGAACAUGUAGAUUUUCUCGCCAUCGCAUUCACCUUCCAUUCACCGCACACCAUCACACACCGCAUCAAGUCUGCCACCAUUAGUGUAUCGGUUCGUGGAAACCGUGAUCUUUCAACAUCCAAGUCGUACCCUUAUGGAUGUCCGCCCGGUAGCCCACGCUUUCUUAUGCAUGCUCCACACCUGCUCUAUGGCACUGUUUCCCCGGAGACAAUGGAGUGGACAUUUAGUCUAGCUGGGUCUCUUGGAAUCUCGGAGCUGCCUAUCAGCGCAAACGUCAUUCCCUCAGGGAGUAUCAACAGUCGGUACAAGCGGUAUGAGAUGAUGCGCAUUCAAGGUUCUGCACGUACUUUGAAGAGCCCAGCUGGUCGCGAAUUCGAUGUGGAAGCUGGAAAAAUCGUCUGGUCCAUGGAAGAAAACAAUGUCCAGAGAUCUGGUCUACCGCGCGAGUUCACUUUUGUCAUGCUGAUUCAGAAGCCAGCGGCAAACAGUAAGAUUUCCCUCUCGAUCGAUGUCGACCCCGUCAUCGACGCGAUAAUUGGAAGUUAUCCAUCCUUGAUGCUGAAGCUGGCCGAGUACCAACCUUUGCCGCGCCGGGGCAUCAAUUUUCAACAAGAAAUUGGACAGCGGUUUGAGCCCGCCGACCCGGUGCGCGGGUUCAACUUUGCAGAACUCGAGAGCAUGUUCGAUGAGUACAUCGCCAUGCCAGGGAGGAAGUUCAGCCGUCAGAUCCAACUUCCACCUGAGACCGGAAUCCCUGAUGAUCACUUUCAGACCACCUACCCAGGCCAGUACGGGUCUCUCAACCCAAUCCCAUAUCAACAACUCCAGACCCGCGACCUAACCCUGCAGAACGACCUUCUGCAGACGACCAUACAAAACCUCUGGACCACCCAGCCGAGGGGGGAAGAAAGCCAAUUCCGCCCACAGCAGGUAUCCCCCCAGACCCAAGACCAAAACCGAACCCAAGACCACUCCUCCUCUCAGCCAGCACCAACAACCCCCUCCAUACCCCGAACAACCGCCAUAACUAUCCCACUCAAUCUCCACCUCCUCCUCGACCCUACCAUCGCACACCUCACCACCCUCACGCGAACAAGUCCAGGCCCCUCCCCCCUAUACCCGCACCGCACACCAAGCCUACGACGCACGCAAGCGCGGGAAUUCCCCACGCGUGUGGCGAGCGGAGCAUCAAACAACAUUCCCACAUGCCCUUUCCCUAGCCCAACUGCAUCAAUGAUCACGCAUACGGGCGUGCGUUCGCGGCGGGGUGGCACACUUUCAGAGAUCUACGAGAGAGAUGAUUCUGGCGGUGAGGAAGUUUAUCAGACGUUGCGCCGUCCACCGAGGCGUGUUACGAGGCGAUAUUCGGUUUCCGCUUCGUCUGGGGCUAGACGUGUGCGUGCUGGUCCUUUGAGGCUUAUGUCAUUGGACUCAAACGUCAACUAUGACUAUGGAGGCAAAGAGACCCAACAGUGGUAUGAAGGGGUCCCACAGGCCCUAACAUACAUGGCGCUGGUCGACCAAGGUGUCUUCUAUCAUCUCUGCACUAUGAUGCCGUACCAGCGGACCUCCCGAUUCCAGGCCGACUUCGACCAGCACGGUGACAUGCGAACCUCUCGUAUCCCCCUAGACCCUCCUAUGGUCAUUUGGACAAAUGGCUUGCUGUGGUUUCCGGUAUACAAGGCAUUCUACGUGCUUUGUGGGAGCUGGAACCCGGCUUCCUGCCGACCAUUAAAAUUAGUCGGUGUCGUUGGUAAUGGGUUCAAACAGGUAGUUUUCCUGCUUGUCUAUCUCAUGAAUAAAGCGGCCUCAAUAUCACUCGCCAUCCCCAACGCACAUCUCGCUGAACUCAACAAGGAUCAGGGGAGUCUGACCUGA